UGUUUCAGCAGUCCAGGGGAUUCCCGGGAAAGAUGAUGGGGGGCCAGCUGAAGAGGCCUGCACCCCCCCUCGGGGAACAUUCUGUCAUCCAGCACGCCCCGCCCCCGCCCCUCCAUCACCCAGCGCCCCCCAGUGAGGACUGCCCGAGCCCCAGCAAGAGGACAAGGGGGUCCAGUUCCGAGCAGAUCCCCCACCCAGCAAUGCAGCGCUACCCUAUCCCAGGACACCCACAGGCACCCCCGCUGCACCCUCCACAGUACCCCCCUCCGAAACCAGGCUUCUGGAACUCGCUGCAUAAGACGGGAGCCCCCUGGCCCCCGCCCGACCGAAAGGGGGGUCCCAUGGACUUCCAGUCACAAGACAUGGGGGGUUACACUUACAAGGCUCCUCCUGGAGGCCCCACCCCUGUCUCCCCGCCUCCCCUGUCUAAUUCGGGCUAUGGUCCAGGCCGUGGGACCCACCCGCCACCCAAGCUGCCCCUCCCGCCUCAGGGACCAGGGAAGCCUCCACACAACCCCCACCUGACCCCCUACCCCCUCCCAGGCCACCCCACCCACCCUGCCCACCUCGCCCACCCCCAGCAGGGUCGCGAUGCCCGCGCCGACUCCCGGGGGGGUCCUCCCCCUCGAGGGCCCGACGGGGCCGGCGGCGUGAGCGCCCCGCCCCCCCGCGCAGAGCGGGACCGAGGGAGGCCCGCCCCUUCACCAGCAAACCUCACCGGCGUGCCUUACAGCCACCCCCACCCUCACCACCAGCCCCACCCACACCCCCACCCCCACCCCGGGCACGGGCACGGGCACACGGGACCCCCGGGCCCCCCCACCGUACCUCAGCACACGCCCCCGGAGGCCUGGAGGCCACACGCGCGGCACAACGGCCACAUACUGGCUUCGGGUCUCUAUGGGCCUGUACUGGAAUCUCAGGGUCAGCAGCAGCAGCAGCAGCAGCACCACCAUCAUCAUCAUCAUAACCAUCAUCAUCAUCGUAUUGGGGAGGAAAACGUCCAGCGCACCGGCCCCCCGCAGGAGCCCCCCCGAGCCCCCGUAAUCACCUCCAGCGCCCACAGCACUGCGCCUCCACACCAGAACGGCCUCUGCCACGGCGGCACCGCCCGUGGGACAGCGCCCCCUGCUGGCUCCGUGGCGCCGUCCGGCAGCCUCGGCUGGGGUGGCAAAGAUCCCGUCGUGCUGCCCCCAGAUCUGCCCCGUGCGUGCCCGCCGCUCAUUCACCCUGGUCUCAGUGGCCCCCACACGGGCACUGCCAGUCUGUACCACAAGGAGGCGCAGUCGUACCCUCCAUCCUCUUCUGUGCAGGUCAAACCUUACCUGGGGCUGCCUAAUCCCCCUUCGGUCUCCUCCUCCUCCUCCUCCUCCUCUUGCUCAGGUUUCCAAAGGUCAGGGGUCAUCACCAGCACAGCCUCCGGCGGCCCCCAGCAAACCACGAGCUCCAAACUGCACCUGUCAGCCACGGCGCCCCUGACCGCUGCCCCCGCCCCCGUCCCCGCCCCCGUCCCCAAGCGUCCGCCCGUCCCAGAGUACCCCAAAGGCCCCCAGCGGGCUCCUCCUGCGCUUUCGCCUUCUGCAGCCCCUGCCACCCACAAAGUCUGCGCCCCCCAGAACGUAGCCGCGCCCCCUGCCCCUCGGCCGCCCUCCGCUGCGGCCUACCCCACCCUCUGCCCAAAGCAGACCUCCGCGGGGCCGCAGAGCAUCCAGGAGGCCCUGGACAAGCUGGACGCGGAGCUGCAGGGACACAUGCAGGCCGAGGAGAAGCUCAGGAGCCUGGAGUGCGCCAGGAAGCCCCCGCAGGAGAGGAAGACGGCGGAGAGGCGGGAGGGAAAGGAGGGAGAAAAAGGCGGGAAACGCGAGGAAGAGCGCGCCAUCGAGAACCUGGAGAGGCUUCUCUCGGGCACCGUGUCCAGGCCGCCUCCUCUCUCCGCGGUGUCCGCCCCGCCCCCGCCUUCGAUCAAGCCCUCGCCCCCGUACCCCUGGCUGAGCCGCGCCGGGGCCCCCGCCCUCCCCUCGGUGCAAACGGCGCCCCCCUCCCGGCCGCCCCCGCUGACCCCCCAGACGGAGUUCGCCAGGGAGAAGCAGAGACAGAGGGAGAGGUGGGGCGGCAGCGGCGGGACGUCCCACAGCCCCAACUCCCAGAAUACCUCAGGAACCACCUGCCCUCCUUACCUUGGCCCAACCGGCUCGGCCCUGCCUGCCUCCCUCGAGAACGCGGCGGGACGUCCUGUGAUGCAGCCCUCCCCCGCCCCAUCCAAAGACUCCCCGAAGGAGACGGCCCGUAGAGAGGGCGGGGGCCCCGGCUCCCUGCUGGCCCCUCUGCUCCGGGAGCCUCCCAAGCUCUUCCAGGGCGUACCGAGGGAGGCCUUGUCCUCCUCCUCCUCCACCAGCAGCCGCGGUCUUUCCAGCUCCAGUACCGCCAUGGGCCCCGGGCGCAAGCUCGCGGGCCUGACGGGCGGCCUGGGCCGGCUGGAGGACUGCGGCGGCGUCGACUCGGACAGCGCCCAGUUCGAAGAGGAGCCCCCCGAGCUGUCCACCAUCCUGCCCGACGGCCUGGCCAACAUCAUGAAGAUGCUGGACGAGUCCAUCAAGAAGGAGGAGGAGAUGUGCUCGGGCCAGGACCUGGGCCACUAUCCGCCCCCGUCCCCCAUACAGGGCUACCUGUGCGCCCCCAAUCUCAUUCCCGCGCCCCGGCAGCACCCCGUGGAGGACCUGGGAACCAACGCCCACGCCAGCCCGCCCGUUCUCAGCAGGCAGGGAUCCCUGGCGUCUUCGCUGUGCGAGGAAGAGGAGGAAGAGGCAAUGAAGGUGGUUCCGAAACCCAGCCAGGGCGGUGCCCCUCCCGCAGCGCCCCUCGUUUCGCAGGCCCAGGACGGCAGAGGGGCUGAUUACCGACACAGUGACCUGGCCAAGCUGUACGGCCUUCCGGACCCAGCCAAGGGAGAUGGCGAAGACGACGAGGACGAGGAUGAGGACGACGAAGAAAGCAACGAGGCGUCCUGCUCGCCGCCGCCACAGAGGCCACACCUCCACCAGACCGGCGUCAACAGCAUGUUCAGGUCCCUGGCUUCGGUCCUGGGGAGUCAGAAGUAUGCCUAUAGGGGCGGCCCAUUUGGAAGGCCCCCUCCCAACUCUGUCACAGGGGUGAAGUACUCCUCCUCCCUCUCGCUCGGGCCGGAGAUCUGCCGUCAGCAGGGCACCUCCCCGACCUCGGGCUCCGCCUCCCACCCGGGCUACGGCAGCUCGCCCCGGAACUCCGCCCACGCCACCUCAGAGAAGCCCCUCCCCCCCUCUGCCUCUCCUGAGGGCGAGGCUGGGUGGAGGGCCCUGAGCGAGGGCAGGGUGAAGACCGAGGAGGAAGAGCGUGCCGUCUGGAAAGAAGCGAAGGGGGUCGAUAGACGAACGGCGACCGAUUUCGGGGGAGAGGAGAGGAGGCGGGUGCCCGCCGACUCCGGCCCCGUUGGGAUGGACUCAAAGGUCGCGGGGUUCCGUGCCGAGAUGAAGCUGACCACCAUCUCGGAGUCUUCGCUCGCCGAGCUGGGCCGCAGCUGCGAGGUUCUGCUGACCCGGCACGCCGUCCCGACCGGAACCGCAUGUCGAGUCAAGACGGAGAAGGAGGACCACGAGAAGACGGUGCACAAGAUCGUGAGGGAGAAGGAACGGGAGAGGGAGAGGGAGAGGGAGAAGAGCCUGAGGAGGAAGCACGACAGGGACGGCAACAGGAGCAGGAAACACCAGGACCGGAAGGAGAGGAAGAGAAAGCACAAAGAAAAGAGAGAAGAGAUGUCGCUCUCCUCCUCUUCCUCACACUCCGGCUCCAGCAGGCGGCACAAGGACGGUAAGCACCACAAGGACCGGAGGAGCCGGCAGGUCCUCGGGAACCUGGAUCUGCAGGGCAAGGAGGUGCGGGAGAAGGUCCGGCUGAAGGAGGAGGAGGAGGAGGAGGAGGAGGAGGUCGCCCCGGAGGUGGAGCGGCGGUCCGAGGACGGGGACACGGCGGCCAGCGACGGCGAGCCGGCGGACUGCGGGCCCACGGGCGGACGUGCGCCCAAGGCGAGCGGGGCCGCCAUGAUGAGCAGCGUGGCCGGCUCCGGCUCCGCCUCCACGCUGGGCGUGGCCGACUUCCUGAAGCUGAAGGCGCUGUCCGCCGGCCCGCCCAAGGAGCUGAAGAUCCGGCUGAUCAAGGUGGAGAGCGGCGACCGGGAGACCUUCAUCGCCUCCGAGGUGGAGGAGAAGAGGAUCCCGCUGGCGGAGAUCAGCAUCAAGAACACGGCCUCGGAGAUCAUCCGGGCCUGCAAGGGUGCACGGGUGAAGGGGAAGUUUCGGGAGUCCUACCUGCUCCCCGCAUUUUCCGUCAAACCCGUGGUGAGCGCGGACCAGCCCAUCCCGCGAGAGAAGCUGAACCCCCCGACGCCCAGCAUCUAUCUGGAGAGCAAGCGGGACGCCUUCUCCCCCGUCCUGCUGCAGUUCUGCACCGACCCCAAAAACCCCAUCACCGUCAUCCGGGGCCUAGCGGGAUCCCUCAGACUGAACCUGGGCCUGUUCUCCACCAAGUCGCUGGUGGAGGCCAACGGGGACCACGCGGUGGAGGUGCGCACGCAGGUGCAGCAGCCGGCCGACGAGAACUGGGACGCCAGCGGGUCCUCCCAAACCUGGCCCUGCGAGAGCAGCCGCUCCCACACCACCAUCGCCAAGUACGCACAGUACCAGGCCUCCAGCUUCCAGGAGAGUCUACAGGAAGAGAAGGGCAGCGAUGAAGAGGAUGAUGACGAUGAUGAUGACGAAGAAGAGAGGAAGAAAGCUGAUGCCCUAGAGGCCCCAGUCAAUGCCCCCUCUGCUACCAGCACCACCAACACUAGCCCUGAACAGAAACCAGUGGGGAAGAUCAUCAAGUUUGGCACCAACAUCGACCUCUCGGACGCCAAGAGGUGGAAGCCGCAGCUGCAGGAGCUGAUGAAGCUGCCUGCGUUCAUGCGCGUGACGUCCAGCGGGAACAUGCUGACCUACGUGGGCCACACCAUCCUGGGCAUGAACAGUGUGCAGCUCUACAUGAAGGUCCCGGGGAGCCGCACGCCAGGGCACCAGGAGAACAACAACUUCUGCUCUGUCAACAUCAACAUCGGCCCAGGGGACUGCGAGUGGUUCGCGGUGCACGACAACUACUGGGAGUCCAUCAGCAACUUCUGUGAGAAACACGGGGUGGACUACCUGACGGGCUCGUGGUGGCCGGUUCUGGAGGACCUGUACCGCUCCAACAUCCCGGUGUACCGCUUCAUCCAGCGGCCGGGGGACCUGGUGUGGAUCAACGCCGGGACGGUGCACUGGGUCCAGGCCGUGGGGUGGUGCAACAACAUCGCCUGGAACGUGGGACCCCUCAACCCCUAUCAGUACCAGCUGGCGCUGGAGCGCUUCGAGUGGAACGAGGUGAAGAAGGUCAAGUCCAUCGUGCCCAUGAUCCACGUGUCCUGGAACAUCGCUCGCACCGUCAAGGUCACGGACCCGGACACCUAGUACAGUGAGUUGCACUGUCUCCUCCAGUCCAUCAAGCACAUUCAGAUCCUGAGGGACCAGCUGGUGGCAGCGGGGAAGAAGAUCUCGUACCAGAGCCGCGUGAAGGACGAGCCGGCCUACUACUGCAACGAGUGUGAUCUGGAGGUGUUCGACCUGCUGUUUGUGACCAGCGAGACGGGAAACAGGAAGACGUACGUGGUGCACUGCGAGGACUGUGCCCGCGGGCGCAGCGCCAGCCUGGCCAACGUGGUGGUGCUGGAGCAGUACCGCAUGGAGGAGCUAAUGAGCAUCUACGACACCUUCAGCCUGGCUCCAACACCCAGCUCCCGAUGAGGAUGACCCUCGUCUUGCAGCCAUAACCAAAACUCCUGCCUGCCAGGAUAAAACACAAGUUUUUUUUUGUUUUGUUUUGUUUUUUUUUUUGGUCAUUUUCAAGGAAUUUUAUUUUCUUUUGUUUCUUGUUUUUGGUUUUUACUACUACUGCUAAUUCUUGCCGAGCAGCCAAUCGAAAACCAGUUUACUAAAUGUUGUUUACAAUACCACAUCAGCCAAUAGGACUCCUGUUUACUGUCGUCUGCCCUGUCUACCCGCUGCUGAUUGGCUCUGAGGGGAUUCUCCAUGGAAAGCAGCGUUUGUUAUGGUAAUGACAGGAUCACAUGACUGAGGGAGUUUAUUAUCUCAAUGGCAUUUUCUUUUUUUUCUUUUUUUCUUUUCGUUCUUUUUUUUUUUUAUUGUGAAAUGCUGAAAAUUUGUAAAUGCUGUUUGAAUUUUCGUGGGGUGCUGUUUAAUUUCUUUUUUAUUUAUUCAAUUUUAUUGAAACUAGAUCAGCCUAGAUUAUACCACAUUGGCCUUGUGACUUGUAUUUAGAUAAGAUGAUGGAAAAUACUAAUAAUAGAGAUAUGAACAUUUUUCUAAAGCAUUAAGAAUAAACAAAAAAAAAAUACAAUUGUUUGGAAUGCUUCAAAAACAUACGGGUUUUAAGAAGACUUUUCGUUGGUUUCAGUUGUCUUUGAGAAUCUUGUGUGUUGUAAAUCUUGUUUUGCGUAAAUAUUUUAUUUCGUCAGGAGGGGCAGUUUUAUCCUCGUACACCCUUUGAGGAAACACAUCGGGUCUUUUUCCUUCACUUUUCCCUCGUUUUAUAUAUAUAUAUAUAUGAAUUUUGUUUGGUGAAUUUUGUUCGUUAUACCUCCCGUUUCCUUUGUUUGUUUAUGGAUUAAUUCCUCCUCUGGAUUUUAAGAUUUUAAAUUGUAAAUUGUGUUUUUUUUUUUAUUUAUAUAUUUUGUUUCUUCUAUUUAUUGGAUAUCAAUGUUCUCCCCUUUUUUUAUUAGGGAUGUCAGAAAUUUUAAAGCUUUUCUAUUAUUACUCCUCUGUAAUAUUUGAAGGGGGGUUUUGGGGAGGGUUGUUUUUCUGGUGCUGAACCUCCCCUAGCCCCCCCUCCUUUUUUCCAAUAUAUAAAUGAUAUAUCUAUAAAUAUAACUUCACCUUCUCUGUAGAUCGUAGAGCCCUGAGCUGCAGUAGGUCAGAACUAAUCGAAAGCUGUCUUUGUACCCAAAAACACAUUUUCGUACACGAGAAAUUUGUCGUCUUGCUUAAUUUUAACUGUUUUAAAAAAAAAAAAAAACAAGGGAUUUGAAGGUGCUGAAGUUUCUCUGAACUUUUUCUUUUUUUUUAAAAAAAAUUCUAUUUUUCCUGUUGCAAUACGCGUUUUCCUUCUUUCCGUUCAUUUAAACUGCACUGUUUAGAGAAUUCACACACCAAACAAACUGAGCCAGACAUGUCUUAAAACACUUCGUGAAUUUGUGUGACAUUUACGACUUAUUAAUAAAAGCUUUUGAUAAACCUGA